CUUAUCCGUCAGGCAUUUCCAAUCUCGAGUUCUGCGUAAGUGGUUGGCUGGUAAAGUUCGUAUUCAACAUUAUUGUAGUGUAAAUUGGGGUUUGGGUCGUGCAAUCCAGUUUAAAUUGCAGCAUCGUUAAGCGCAGAAUAUCCCAGGAAGCCAGCAGAAAAAGGGAAUCGACACAGCCCGUCACGAGAGAACGAGAUAGAAAAUGUCGAAUCUGAAGAAAAUCAGCGAUGAGGACCGCGAGUCCAAAUUCGGAUACGUUUUCGCCGUAUCUGGCCCCGUCGUGACGGCGGAGCGUAUGUCCGGUUCGGCUAUGUACGAGCUGGUUCGUGUCGGAUACUAUGAGCUGGUCGGUGAAAUCAUUCGUUUGGAAGGUGACAUGGCAACCAUUCAGGUGUACGAGGAAACGUCCGGUGUCACUGUCGGCGAUCCCGUCCUGCGUACCGGCAAGCCACUGUCUGUUGAGCUUGGUCCAGGUAUCAUGGGUAGCAUCUUUGACGGUAUUCAGCGUCCGUUGAAGGACAUCAACGAAAUGACCAGCUCGAUUUACAUUCCGAAGGGUAUCAACGUGCCGUGCUUGUCUCGUACGCAGAGCUGGAGCUUCAACCCGCUUAACGUGAAAGCAGGCUCUCACAUUACCGGCGGUGACCUGUACGGUAUUGUGCACGAGAACACACUCGUCAAGCACAAGCUGAUGGUGCCGCCGCGUGCCAAGGGUACCGUCAAGUACAUUGCCCCGACCGGCAACUAUACCGUUGAUGAUGUGAUCCUAGAGACCGAAUUCGAUGGUGAAGUCAGCAAAUUCACCAUGUUGCAGGUGUGGCCAGUGCGUCAACCGCGUCCAGUAACGGAAAAGCUGCCAGCCAACCAUCCGCUGCUAACUGGACAGCGUGUGCUGGAUUCAUUGUUCCCUUGCGUCCAGGGCGGUACCACUGCUAUUCCCGGGGCUUUCGGUUGCGGCAAAACUGUCAUCUCACAGUCACUGUCUAAGUACUCCAACUCGGACGUUAUCGUGUACGUCGGUUGCGGUGAGCGUGGUAACGAGAUGUCUGAAGUAUUGCGCGAUUUCCCCGAACUUUCGGUCGAAAUUGAUGGUGUGACUGAGUCCAUCAUGAAGCGUACCGCGCUCGUAGCCAACACAUCGAACAUGCCUGUCGCGGCCCGUGAAGCUUCCAUCUACACUGGUAUCACGCUGUCGGAAUACUUCCGUGAUAUGGGUUACAACGUCUCCAUGAUGGCCGAUUCCACCUCUCGUUGGGCUGAGGCUUUGCGAGAAAUUUCGGGUCGUCUUGCUGAGAUGCCGGCCGAUUCCGGUUAUCCCGCCUAUCUUGGUGCUCGUUUGGCUUCCUUCUACGAGCGUGCCGGUCGCGUCAAGUGUCUUGGUAAUCCGGAGCGCGAAGGUUCCGUCUCGAUUGUCGGUGCCGUAUCACCGCCCGGAGGUGAUUUCUCCGAUCCCGUCACCUCCGCCACCCUCGGUAUUGUGCAAGUGUUCUGGGGUUUGGACAAGAAACUGGCCCAGCGUAAGCACUUCCCAUCGAUCAACUGGUUGAUUUCUUACAGCAAGUACAUGCGCGCUUUGGAAGAUUUCUACGAUAAAAACUUCCCCGAGUUUGUGCCAAUGCGUACCAAGGUGAAGGAAAUUCUGCAGGAGGAAGAAGAUCUGUCCGAAAUCGUACAGCUGGUCGGUAAGGCCUCGUUGGCGGAAACCGAUAAGAUCACGCUUGAGGUCGCCAAGUUGCUGAAGGACGAUUUCCUGCAACAGAAUUCGUACUCCGCAUACGAUCGUUUCUGUCCAUUCUAUAAGACCGUCGGUAUGCUGAAGAACAUGAUCGGAUUCUACGACAUGGCGCGCCAUGCAGUGGAAACGACUGCACAGUCCGAAAACAAAAUCACCUGGAACGUCAUUCGUGACUCAAUGGGCAACAUUCUGUAUCAGCUAUCGUCGAUGAAGUUCAAGGACCCAGUAAAAGACGGCGAACCGAAAAUCAAGGCAGAUUUCGAUCAGCUGUAUGAAGACAUGCAGCAGGCAUUCCGCAAUCUAGAAGAUUAAAUGGCAUACCUCCAAAGUAUGGAACGGAGCAGAGUGUGCCAGCCUGAUCGGAGGAAGAUGUACUAUUAUGAUAAGUUUCUUUUACCGUGUUGCCAGCCUCGACUAGCAUCCUUUGGGGAGAGGACCGCUAUGGUGGCUGUGUGACGAUUAGUAAAAUGCAACACAUGAGACGUUAUACAUAUAUAAAUGGCAUACAUGCUACAACUUAUGUACACAAGCACAGAUCCAUGCAACAAGUAUUCCACAGCGAUAGUUGUAGAGUUAUCCUUAGAUCGGUUGAGGGCACGCGAAACAAAACAUUAAAAGAUUAACAUCAAAAAGGGGAUAAUUGCAAGCGUGUGCCUCACAUCGUUGCCCGACGGGUGCCAGCAGGAGAGAAUUUUAAUUACUUUCUAACAACCGACAGAUACAAUCGCGGAACCACAAUGCAACCCUGCAGUUCAUCUAACAUCGUCCACUUAAAUGAUAUUGGCAUCAACUUAACCUAUUCUCUCUAGUAUUGUGUUGAUUGCUAAGUGCAAAACAGUGUUCGCAAAAACGUGGUCUAUAAGUGAGAUUCUAUGUAAUUGGGAUCCACAUCAAAAAAGGGGAUAUGCAAUCAGCUAAUAACUUAACACAAGCAGUUCUGGAGAGAAUAGAGAAACAGCAGGAAAAAGAUCGAGGGAAAUACAAUAUCGUAAAACGUACAAUAAGGAGAGCCGGAUUAUUUGUUAUGAUACUAUAUAUAUUAUUUUUUGUUGUUGUUGCUCAGAUAAAUUUCCUGUAGAAAACGCGAACCAUAUAGCGGUGGAUUAGUCGCUAAAAACACGUAUAUAUAUAAAUAUAAAUGAAUAGUCCUUCUAAGCAUAUUUGAAACAAAGAUAAUUCUUUACAAUCGGAGUAUGUAAAUGGAAUGUUGGGUUUGUAACGGCUCGCUUUCAUGUGGUUCGAACCAUGCGGAAAAGGGUGAACAAUUGGAGGAGAAACUUAAAAAAAGAAAAGAACAAACGUUUCAAAAGUACACAGUGCAGUGAGGAAUUCGAUUGCAUUUAUAAUUUUGUUUUAAAUGUUUUGGUUCCAAAAAAAAAAACAAAUCGGCGAACGACGAAAGACAUUUCAUUUAGUGUAUGCAAAUUAUCACAAUUAUUAGUGAUCAGUGAAUAUUUUAUUCCUAUAUGAUCAUAAAAAAACUGUUAUUUUGUUUCGCUCAUUGGUUAAUGUUCAUGAUAGAAAUAUGAUGAAUAUUUUACCCAUGUUAUAUUUACUUUCAUUUUACGCCACUUGCACCCUCCGCAGUGUGAAACGCAGUCCUUUGUUUUGUUGUUAAAGUUUUAUUGUUGCGUGUGUAUUUUUGUCACUGCUUCUCACACGUAUGAACAGUGGGAAUUGAAAACGAUGUUUGCUAAACCUUUAAUAUAUUCAUUUUCUCUGUAUUUCUGCUGUUGUUUUCGCAUCAGAUAAGAUUUAGGCAGAGCUGAACCAUGAAACGGUCCACUUGGUGUACGGAACAAACGCAACAAUUCGUUGGUCCAUGUGUUGUGUUUUUUCUUUCUCGCUCUUGUAAAUGUCAUUAUCAAUACGCGCGGUAGAUCGUCCAGCAAGGAUAACAGAAUCCACAACACAACAAUGUAGACGUGCGGGAUGUAAUGUACUACUAACCAUUCGAAAGAUGAAUAAAGAAAUAAAGCGAAAUUGUCGGAAAUUUGCAUUCCAAAAGAAAA